AUGCUUCCUCUUUCCGUCUUUCGUCUAGGACUAGUAACCACUUCGGAAGUCUCUUCGACAGCGACCGCUGACUUGGGUCCAGUGAUCUUGAUCAUCAGAAGGUAG